CGGCUUCAACUUUACUGUUGUUCCCCUUAUUUUGAUGAAAGCAUCUGAUAUGUAAUUCACAGCUGAUUAUUCAGCAGGUAUACAUUUUUUAAAAGCAUAUAUAUAUUGCUUAGCUUUACUAAGCUAUCAAGUCAACCGAAGUCUACUGAAAGUUAGAAGUCAAAUACGAACGAAACUGAACGAAGUGUACUCUGACUGUCCUAUUCAACAAAAUGCAACAGAUUGUCAUAGUGUUCCACGCCUACCCCAAGAAACCUUGUAUCGAUGGAUUGGUUUCAGCGAUCAUCACUGCUUCUAUGUAUAAGUCGGGCAACGUAACUUUGGUUCCAUAUUGGAGAACUGAUGCAUGCUUCCAAAAUGUGAAAAAAGCAGUGGAAAGUGUUGGUGUUGAUAAUGCAAAAAUUAUCUAUGUGGAUUGUAGCCCAGACCUCCCACAAGAAACCGAAUAUUUAGGCAGCAUUCUGAAUCGCGUGACAGUCGAAGUCUAUGAUCAUCAUCCUAGAAAAGAUGAUUCGCCAAUGAACAAUUUACUCAAUCUGAAAAAUUUCACAUUUACCUUUGAUGCAGAAAAUUGUGCAGCAGUGAUGAUGUACAAGUUUUUGUCAUCUGAAAAGAAAGCUGCGUUGCAGAUUGAAGAAUUACUUAAAGUUAUCCAGUACAGCGAGUAUGAAGGCAUGAAUCCGAACGUAGCGGGAAAGAAAGUUGCUGAUGAGAUUGCUCAGAGGGCUUUUUACAAAGCUAUGGAAAAAUAUGCUCCUACAAGUUCGUUAUUGCUCAAAAACAUGCAAGAAAUCCUCCGUCUUAAAAUGCAACUUUUUUACGUGCUUGAUAAUAUCUUGGCAAAAGAAGAUCAAUGGAGUUUUCUUUACAGUACUUUUUCGUCUUCUCAAGAAAUCACAAAAAAUUUUAAAGUUGAAUCAGCGCGUUACUUGGAAGCUUCUAAAAAGGUCAUAUUAGGAGAUAAGGAAAAUGUAUUUUCCGAAAAAGAGACUGAUGACUACUUAUUGCUUAUUGAAGAAAUGGUAUCGAAGUUGAACACGGGGAAAGUGAUGAAAAAUUGCAUGGUUGGAGAGAAGACUUGUGACGUACUAGUUGUUUUGAUCGAUAUCUUUACAUACGGAAGAAGCCUGGAACCUUAUGUUAACCAAAUGUUAAAAGAAGUUGAAGCUAGUUACGCCAUAUUGGUAAAUUCCCCAACAACUAACAGCAAAGGAGAUGUUUCUUACUACUUUUCCUUGCGACGUUUGGAUGAAAACUUUGAUGCGCGUGAUCUGGCAAAGUUCGUGAUGAAAAAAAGCGGCAGCACGAUUGGUGGGGGACACCCGUGGGCAAGUGGCGUCACUCUCAACGAAGGACAGUAUAAAACAUUUAUGGCAGACAUCUAAGUGUGUGUGUAACUGGAUUUUUAACAUACCAAUAGUCCUAAGUUGGUAAAUCGUAGGUAAUUUCAAAAUAAAAUUAAAACAUUAACUGUUUUUCCAAACACGUCCAAAUAUAAUUUUUUUGUUCUCAGUAAGUAAAAGGGUUUUUUUAUUAGGAAACAGCAUCACUAAAUAUAUCGGGAAACGAAAUACUAAAUCCUACACAAUAAAUUCUUCUUUUUAACAUAAGUUUUUAUAUCGUACAAUAUUUUACUUUUUAUAUAAUUUUACAUCUUUUUUUAUUGUUUUUAUCAAACGCUUGGUCAUUAUAAACUCAGUUGU